AUGCAGGUCUGGGCAGUCGCAUUUGACCCUCCUAGCUUCACAGAGGAACUUUACCAGAAGGGCCUUCUACUCGUCGAUCCAGCUAGUUCUGCAAGGAUAAAGAGGUUCUAUAGACGCGAAGAUGCUUGCAGAGGGCUUAUUGCGCGCCUUCUGCCACGGCUUUUGCUCAAGGAUCGAGGAGUUGCACCCAGUAUGAUGACUUUUGCUGCUACGGAAGCUGGUAAACCAUACGUGACGACGCCAAAUAUCGAUCCCCCAAUCGCCUAUAAUCUGUCUCAUGACAAUGGGUCUGUAGUCAUGGCCUUUGCAGAUGGCAAGUCGCAUCCGCCUGCAUACAGCAUAGGCGUAGACGUGAUGAAAGUUCAUCUUCCUCGAAGAAAUUCGUAUCGCUCGUUUGUUGACACGUUUCAGGAACAACUUACACUAUUGGAACGAGAACUACUGUCUCCCGCGGUUUCAGCAGACGAAGGGCUCCGGAGAUUCUUCUGGAUGUGGACUAUGAAGGAAGCUUAUACCAAAGCCCUCGGACUGGGGCUCGGUUUCGACUUUAGUCGUAUCGAGUUCGAUGUAGUGGCAAACCGUGUGCGGGUAGACGGACAAGUACCACAGGGAUGGAUUUUUCACAAAUUCCAAAUGACGGAAACAGGGGAACAAUAUGUAGGCGUAGUCGCGGAGCUC